GGAGCAGCUCCUCUCAGUGCCCUGGUCUGCGAGCUUCGUUGCGUGUGAGGCAAGAUGGUGAAGCACAACAACGUCGUGCCGAACGGCCACUUCCACAAGAAGUGGCAGAGGAGGGUCCGGACAUGGUUCGACCAGCCCGCCAAGAAGAAGGCGCGCCGCCAGGCUCGGCAGGAGAAGGCCGCGAAGAUGGCGCCGCGCCCCACCCAGCUCCUCCGGCCGGCAGUGCACUGCCCCACGAUCAAGUACAACUCCAAGGUCCGUCUUGGGCGCGGCUUCAACGUGGAGGAGCUCAAGGAGGCGGGCAUCUCCAAGAAGAUGGCGCUCACCAUCGGUAUCGCCGUCGACCACCGCCGCACCAACAAGUCGGAGGAGUCGUUCGCGGCUAACGUGGCUCGCCUGAAGGAGUACCGCGCCAACCUCAUCAUCUUCCCCCGCGGCAGCAAGCACCUGCCCAAGAAGGGAGACUCGUCGCUCGAGGAGCAGAAGGCCGCCACGCAGGUUACCGGAGUUACCAUGCCCCUCGUCAAGGCCGACAAGCCCGUCGAGUUCCUCCCCGUAACCGCGGAAAUGACCGCAACCAGCGUCCACAGCGAGAGGCGCGUGGCCCGCAACGAGCUCAAGUUGGCCGGAAUCCGCAUCCGCCAAAAGGAGGAGAAGACCAAGAAGUAGACGGAGCAAACUUGUCAUGAUUCUUUCGAGGAAAAAUACCGCGUGGGAAUUCCGUCUCUGAAAAAGCUGGGAGGGGUUUCGAACUGGUCUUUUUAUUUCGGGAAAUCGGGGCCGGGCGGCUUGCGCUGUUGGUUUUUCACGGCCUUCACGCGCUUGUUGGCCGGGCCUGCUGCUUGAGUUACGAGGUUUUUUGGUGACUGUUGCGGCGGGUCUUCGCGUUUUCGGGGCACUUAAAAAAUAAAAUGAACAAAAACGAAAUAUUGUUUGCUUCUGUUGCCUUGGCUGCAUACGGUGCUAAAAUAGUUCAGAGAUGCAUAAGUACGCGGCACAUGAUUCACGCGAGGGUCCUUAUCGCAACAACAACCACCCCUCACCAGCGAAAUAUAUCAUGACAAAGGGAGCCGUUGUGCGUUGUUCAGGGCUCCCCCCGCCGCACGGGCAGACUUGUGACAAAUUCCCCAAGACGCCAUGGCGAUUGCGCGUGGGGGGCACCUUUCAGCGUCUACUUCAUAUCCCCCGCCCUUGUCUGUCCGCCGUUUUUGG